GUGGAACAAAAACACCCGUCCAACCUCAACACACCACGCCAUGCGUGUAUUCACACCGUUACACCAGCCAAGGUCACCCACUGCACAACGCCCAAUGAUGGGGCGCUAUUCCCCCCACUGACACCAAUGAUGGGGCGUUAUUCCCCCACUGACACCAAUGAUGGGGGCACUAUUCCCCCACUGACACCAAUGAUGGGGCACUAUUCCCCCCACUGACACCAAUGAUGAUGGGGCGUUAUUCCCCCCACU